CUCAAAAACUCACGUGUUCUCUUCUCUUUCUCCUCCAAUAGAUUGAUUUGAUUCAUCCAGUAUCCGUCCGUUAAUCAAAGCAGUUUUGCCAAUCACCGAAGAAUUCUGAUUACUUUUGUUAGAUAUCAAGUGAUAAUGGAGAAUAUGAAGCACCAAUCUGGAGGUUCUUCGUUUACUGAAACUCUGUUUGGUCCGAAGGACGGCCGCGCCUCCUCCUCUGGCCAUUUUGGCUCUGUUUUUGGCCCUUCUUCCAUGGGCCUAGGACACACAGGAUCAUCAAACAAGCAAAAUUUUGGAAAUCCCAAACAGUCAAGAACAGAUUGCAAAACACAGAAAAUCACAGAAACCGCAGAACCAAGCUAUUAUAGUUCAUCAAUCUACUAUGGUGGCCAGGAUGUUUAUCCUCAAACUAGUAACAACAAUUGCUCGCAGCGCCCGGUUCAUAGAGGUGGAGGUGUUGAAGAUCCUAAUGGAAGCAGUGCUUCAAGAGGAAAUUGGUGGCAAGGAUCCCUCUACUACUGAAGACUUGGUAUCCAGUUCUAGUUUAAAAUAGAUAAUUUCGACUUUUGAAUUGCUUGUAAUAUUUAUUAGCCAGUUUACUAGUUUCAGUUGAUUUGAGUUUUGAAUUACUUGUUUAGUGGCUUCCAAAGUUGGAAUGAUUCUAGUUGAACUUUAGAUAAUGUGAUAGGUAUACCUUAGAAUAAUUAAAAAGUUAUUAUUAUUAUUAUUA